UUGCCCAAACCAGUUCCAUUCUGUGAAUGGUUAAUUUGAACCAUAGCGUUCCAAAGAGCUCUGAUGCAAAUUAUGGAAAAGCAGGAACAACAUUUCUAAGUGAAAACAAACCCGGAGAAAUGUUAAUUUCAAAUCCAGACUUAAUAAAUAGCUGUAGGGUGUGCCGUAGCCCCAAUCAGGAUGGAGACUAUGAGUGUUUGUAUGAAAUAGCAAAUGAAUUAACCAUGAUUCCGCCACCACUGACGGAAAGUGGUAGACUAUAUGAGAAUCUCUUCACAGAGCUGUUGCCAGAAUCAUAUAAUUACUAUCCUCGAUAUCUGUGUAAUAGCUGUGGCCUACAAAUGAAACUAUUUCGAAAGUUGCGGGAAAAGGCCCUCAGUACAUUACAGUAUUUGAGUACACUAUACGAUGAAGGUCUAUUGGCAUUGGGCGAUGAAGAAAAGUUUUCUAUACCACAAGAGGAAGAAAAACAAGAAAGAGCCUUUCUGGAAAAUCAACAUUUGGAAAUGGUGAAUAAUACACAUGGAACAACAGAAAUGGAUAACACUCCCCACUACAUGGUGCCACAGGCAACAGAUAUGUCUAUGGCUGGAGUUUUGAUCCUGCCCAUGACAGCGAGUGAAGAAAACCACUCAAAUGAUAUGGAGAAUAUUUUGGAAACCAAUCAAAUAAAUGUACCCGAACCCGAACAAGACCAAAUUACCAUCGAUCAGGAAGACAUAGAAAACUGUGUUGCCUUAGAUAAAUCUGAUUAUGUUAUGGAAAUAUACAAAGUAAUUGAUGAUAAUACACAACAAAGUGAAGAUUUGAACGAAGAGGAGGACGAGGGAACAAUGGAUAAUGAUACCAUAGGAACGGCGAGUGAAAACUUUGAUGCAGAAACAGUAGAUUCUCUGGACAAUUUUACCAUUGAAGAAAUCAAUUCACAAUUGUCCUGUAGCGAUGAACAAUAUGUUGAUAUUGAAUCCUUUGUGACAAGUGAAAGAAGUGUGGAGUCAUGUCAAACGCAAGUGAAAAGAAAAUCAAUAGCAAGCCGCAGAACCUUGUCGAUUAGUAAUCAACAUCUCAAGGUGUACAAUUGUACAGAGUGUUCGGAAAUAUUUACCGAACACGAGGAUUACAAAUAUCAUAGCACCUACAUUCAUGCCCAGACUUAUGCCUGCAAAUUGUGUGAUACAGUAUUGAAAUCGGCCAGAAGCUUGGCAUCCCACAUGAAAAAGCACACGGAUACGCCAGCCUAUCAAUGCGAAAUAUGUCAACGUACCUUUAAUCAAAAAGUCCACUAUCAGUAUCAUAUGAAUCGUCACAAUAAUAUACGUAAUUUUAAAUGUGAUCAAUGUGACAAAUCGUUUCUGGCCAAAGCCGAUUUAAAAGUUCACCAAAGGCAGCACACAGGUGAUCGACCGCAUGUAUGCGAAAUUUGUGGCAAUAGUUAUAUGAUGGCCGAACAUCUACGUACCCACAUCCUCAAGCAUAUGAAUGUCCAAUUUAGCUGUGAAUUGUGUCCGCAAAAAUUUGCCAACCCCAAAACGCUGAGGCAGCAUGUUACAACAAUACAUGUGUCCGAGCCACGAUUUAAGUGUGAAUUUUGCUCCAAACCUUUUCGCAGAAAACAUCAUUUGCAGUAUCAUAUGAAGCUGCAUCCCCAGAACAUUUUAAAAGAUCCCAACUAUAUGGCCGACCAUGGCAGCCGAGUAAAUGACAAUCUGAUUCUCAGUGAACAGGAUGUUGAUAAUCCUGAUGAAUGUGGCAACAACAAUGAGCAGAGUGAUGAUGAAAAUGAUAUUAUCCAAGAUUCCGGUUUUGUGGCCUUAAAUGAUGAAGCAAUGUUAAUGUAAAAUAAUCAUUCAGAUAGACGAUUUUAUUUAUUUAAAAUAGGAUCUAGUUUCUGGAAUAAUUUUUCGAAUAAUUUUCAUAAACGUCUUUCGCAGCACAUCACAUCGCAUUCACAUUGAGAAAAGUAUUGUAUGGGUUAUGUGAUGGAAACCGAUUCGAAGCAAUAUGUAAUAUCGAAAUUGUGUAUAUUUGAGCAUGAAUGAUAAAUAUAAACUAUUUUGGCAGACUGCUCCAAAUACAUUUUCAAAACAAUGUUUCACCGAAAAAGAAAAUAUUUACAAAUCCAGUUUCCAUCACAUAUCUGUAUUUAUUAGUUUACGGCAAUAAAUUUGUAUUAUGUACAUCAUCUCCAUAUC